AUGACAGAGAAGGAGGAAGCGGUGUUUCGAUCAGCGGACAUGUCCCUCGUGCAAAUUUAUGUGCCCACAGAAGUAGCUAGAGAAACAAUUUACAAAAUUGGUCAACUAGAUAUCAUCCAGUUCAGAGAUUUGAACUCUAAAGUCAAUGAGUUUCAACGUUCUUUUGUAAACGAAUUGAGGAAAUUGGACAAUACUGAAAGACAAUAUCGGUUAUUCAAACAAGAAUUGGAUUAUAGAGAUAUUCCGGUGAAGUUGUAUCCUUAUGAGUUUGUUAUACCGCAACAAUCAGAUAUUGACGAUUUGGUCGAGAGUGGUCAGUUGUUGGAGGAUCGAGUUGUUCAAUUAAGAGAUUCAGUUGAAACAUUGUACAAGAAUCAAAACAACUUGAAGCAGUUCAAGUUCACUAUCUUGGCGGUGGAUAAAUUUUUCCACUAUCAACUUGGUGGUGGUGGUAGUGACAGUGCAAUUGAGCGAUCGUUACUUCCAGACCUCGAUGAGCUGCGUUUAUCGUCAACUUCAGCAUCAACAUCCCAAUUUAUCUCAGGAGUCAUCAAUCGUGAUAAAGUUGGAAUCUUGCAACAGAUUUUGUGGAGAAUUUUGAGAGGAAAUUUGUACUAUCACAGCGAAGAGUUACAAGAGGAGAUUUAUGAUGCCAAGCACAAUGCAUACGUGGCGAAGAAUACAUUUAUCAUUUUUUCCUAUGGAUCACUUGUUCACGAUAGAAUCGUCAAGGUUUGUGAGUCUUUGGAUGCAGAAGUGUAUGAUGUUGAUAAAAGUGAAGAAGCAAGAUCGAAACAGUUGUCUGAAGUUAAAUCAAAACUUGAAGAUUUGGCUACUGUAUUGAGUGAGUCGGAAAAUGCAUUGACAUCUGAAUUGAUAGCCAUCGGUCAAGAUCUUGGUAAAUGGUGGGAAAUCAUUGCCAGAGAAAAGCAAGUUUAUAAGACUAUGAAUCGCUGUGAUUAUGAUGGGGCUAGGAAAUUGUUGCUUGGUGAAGGAUGGACCCCAACUGAUUCAAUACCAGAACUUACACAAGUUGUGAAGGAGUUUGAUCAAACACAAUCCAUUCCAUCGAUUGUCAAUGUUUUGAGCACUAACAGAACACCACCAACAUAUGUACGUACAAACAAGUUUACCUAUGCAUUCCAGGCCAUUUGUGACGCAUAUGGAACUCCACGUUAUAAAGAAAUCAAUCCUGGGUUGCCUACAAUUAUUACAUUUCCAUUUAUGUUUGCUGUCAUGUUUGGUGACUUGGGACAUGGAUUCAUUAUGUUUUUAGCGGCGGCAUUUUUGGUCUUGAAUGAAAAGAAAUUGAGCGGAGUUAAAAAGGAUGAAAUAUUCGAUAUGGCAUACACUGGACGCUAUAUUUUGUUAUUAAUGGGAUUUUUCUCCAUGUACACGGGGUUCAUUUACAAUGAUGUCUUUUCAAGAUCAAUGGACCUCUUCAAAAGUGGUUGGGAAUGGCCUGAAAAUUUCAAGAUCGGUGAUACAUUGAUUGCCAAGGAAGUUGGAACCUAUAUUUUUGGUAUGGAUCCAGCAUGGCAUGGUACUGAGAAUGCAUUGCUAUUCUCUAAUUCGUACAAGAUGAAGUUGUCAAUAUUGAUGGGAUAUGCUCAUAUGACUUAUUCAUAUUUUUUCUCAGUUACCAACUAUGUUUAUUUUGACUCAAUUGUUGAUAUCGUGGGUAACUUUAUACCUGGAUUGUUGUUUAUGCAAGGUAUCUUUGGAUACUUGUCGUUGGUGAUUGUUUACAAAUGGACAGUCAACUGGGCAGAAUCAAAGUAUCAACCACCAGGAAUUUUGAACAUGUUGAUUUCAAUGUUUUUGUCACCGGGAAACGUUGAAGAACCUUUCUACCCUGGACAAGCAACUAUACAAAUUUGGUUGGUUGUUAUUGCAUUAAUUUGUGUACCUUGGUUACUUUUUGUUAAGCCAUUGUGGUUAAAGAGACAAUUAGAUAGAGAAGCUAAGCAGCAUGCACAAUAUUCGGCAUUGCCAAAUGAUGAAGAAGCUGGUGGCUCUAACGACUCCACUUACAAUGAUGAAGAUGAAGGGGAAGAGCACGAAGAACAUUCAUUUGGAGAUAUAAUGAUCCAUCAAGUGAUUCAUACUAUUGAAUUUUGUCUUAACUGUGUGUCACAUACCGCUUCCUACUUGAGAUUGUGGGCUUUGUCAUUGGCUCAUGCACAAUUAUCAACUGUGUUGUGGUCCAUGACCAUUAGCAAAGCGUUUGGUCCUACCGGAGUAUUCGGUGUUAUUGCAGUUGUGUUCUUAUUCGCCAUGUGGUUUACAUUGACUGUAUGUAUUUUGGUUGUCAUGGAAGGUACUUCUGCUAUGUUGCAUUCGUUGAGAUUGCACUGGGUUGAAAGUAUGUCCAAAUACUUUGAAGGCGGGGGUGUGCCAUAUGAGCCUUUUGGUUUCAAAGGCUUAUUGGACAGUGUAUUUUAA